GUUCGCUGUACGUGCUGUGCGUGUGAAGUGCUGCAUUGGGGCGGCGCCGGCAGGCGGGACAGCAGUUAGCAGCAAAGCGGGAAUUAUGCUGCGAGGCCUGUGAUAUCCGGCCUUGAUGAUUGGGUGGUGGCUGCUUUUCUUUUUCUUUUGCUCUCUUUUUUAUGGGCAUUUAUUUUCCUUUUUUUUUUUUACUUCACCAUAUGGCCGUCCAACAGAACCACCACCACCAGCUAUGCAGCCCGCAAAUCGCAUAUUAUACAGAUGCACCCAAUAUACGUAGCGUUUUGCCCUUCGCGCUAUGCGCCUUGUCGGUGCUGGGCACCGUGCACCCGAAUAAAAUCUGCAUAACAUGUCCUUGGGUUACAUGGAGAGCUCGCCUCUUCUUUUUAUUUUCCCUAGUAUUUUCCUAGCCCUAAAUAUUCCCUGCUAUAGCACUCAAGCUCUAUAGCACUCAUCCGUUUCCCUCUUUGGUCCUGCCAACUGCCCCACCAUGGCCACAAACCUCGGGGCGGGGGACCUUUUCUUUUCCGUCCCGAAUUUUGUGCUGCCUUUUUUGAGUCAUCACCUUUCGCGCCUCACACGCACACCUGCAGCAGCAACAGCGACGCCUUUGGCAAACCACGCCGCGACGCCUCUCCAGCACACGAGAACCCUGAAAUCGCGAUAUUCACGCCUGAAGCAUUCCUACAGAGCUCAAUUUACCCAUCUUCCGCAGCUAGUGCCGUAAUUGUGGUGUGCUCUUUGGCCCCCAUCCACCACCCCUCCAUCACGACUUUUCUUUCUAUCAGAGACACACGACCAGCUCAGCACUGCAUCUAGCACAAAAGCAAGCCUAUUAUGCCAUCCGCAACCGCGGGCUUCGCGCCUAACUUGGAAAAGUUUCUGAAAUCUCCCAAGGGUCAGCCUUUGGAGGCGUCCGUCGAGUCCCUCAUCUCGCUCUUGAAGCGUCGCCAAAUCAAGGGACCCGAAUCCUGCGCCAUUGCCACCGCCCACAUCCUCCUACAAGUCGUCGCCCGCUCAAAAUGGCAAGACGUCGAGACGCUCAUUGCCAACGUUUCGCAAACCGGCCGAAGACUCGUCGAAGCACAGCCCAACGAGUUGGUCAUUGCCAACAUUACAAGACGAGUCCUCAGUCUUAUCCGCGAUGAAGCCGUCGAGGACCGCAACGACCUCACCAGCGAAACCAUGAGCGACUGCCCCAUGACGCCCGUCGAGGUCCCUGUCACGGCAUCUCUCUCUCAGCCCUUUUCGCCCGCCACCCUGUCCCGGAACGAUUCAAUGGAUGCUUCCAUCCCCGGCACGCCUACCGGCCGAUCACGGCUGUUGGCCUCGCAUAGCAACGCUGGCCUGCCCAAGAGUCUCUUCCACCUGCUCUCUGCUUCGCCACCUACCGACGGCGAUGCUCUCAGCUCCGGAUCGCCCUACAGAAACUCGGGAACAUCUACCCCGACAUGGAAAGGCACAUCAAGCCAAGUACACGCGCUUCGUUCCGAAGUCAUUGACGGUAUUGAGGAAAUCAAGGAUGAAAUCAGCCAAGUCGAUGAUCAGAUUGCCGCGCUCGCCGAAGUGCAGAUCCACCCCGGCGAUCACGUCCUCGUCCACCAGCCCACACAGACAGUCGAGCGCUUCAUUCUCCGAGCUGCCCAAAAGCGCAAGUUUACACUGUUUUUGGCCGUCGAGCCUCCCAAGAGAGGCGCCACAGAGCCCCAGUAUGCCACGUUCCGCAAGAAGCUCGAAUCGCUUGGAGUCAAGGUCAUUAGCAUAUUUAACUCGGGUCUUACUGCAUACAUGUCGCGCAUCGACAAAGUUGUCAUGGGAGCCAAGGCCAUUGUUGCUAGCGGAGGUGCCCUGGUGGACGGUGGCGGUUCAUCUAUUGCGCGAGCUGCCAAGGAGCACGGUAACCCGGUCAUCAUUCUCGGUGGUGUGUACAAGCUCAGCCCCGAUAGCCCGUUUGCCGAAGAUCAAUUGAUCGAAUGGGGCGAUUCGUCCAGUGUGGUUAGCUUUGAAAACGGCCCUAUUGUCAACGAAGUGAUAGUACGCACGGCUGUGACUGAGCUGGUUCCCCCAGGAUGCAUUGACACAUACAUCACCAACCUCGGCACGCAUUCACGCGACCAUCUCUCCAGUCUUAUUGCCGACCACUACAAGCAAGCCGAUACCGAUUUCCAUCUGAGCUCGUAGGCCGAUGCUUAGCCAGAACUCGACAGAACCCAUGCCUUGUAUCUACGUAUGCCCAGAUUGAGGCAUUCAUGCCUAUUUUCGCUGCCUAAAGUGUGUAGAGAAGUUACAGAAGAAAAAGCAACUAUUUAGCAUCCGUAGAGAGUUGUUAUGUGGUAGUGGCUGCAUGGAGAGACGUAAUAAUAUAGGGCUGAGGCGCGGACUCGUCACCCCAGACGUAGUUGAGCUGCGGAGGGAGGGCAGCGAUGAAAGUUUGGCAAAGGACCGGCGUCCUUUUCUUUAUGAAGACGAAAAGUUUCCGUCUUGACGAUAGAGUUGAAUUACAGCAUUAUUUUAAUACCAGCUUGUUUGUUU